CAGAACUCGGAGCAACAGCAAUGGCUGAGCUGAAGCUAUGCUUGUGCUCAAGUAGCGAUCUCCUCGUCUUGUGCUUCUUGCUCCUCGGUGUACAUGUCCAUCAUGCGACCGCCAUCUCGUUCAACUACAACUCCUUCAGCUCCGGUGAUUUCCGAGAGGAGGAUGACGCGAUGGUCACCGACGGCAGGAUUGAGCUCGUCGGCGACGAGGCCGGCGGUCGAGCAAGGGGCCGCGUCCUGUACAAGCAGGCGGCGCAGCUCUGGGACGGCGUCAAGGGCGAGACGGCCAGCUUCACCACGAGCUUCAACUUCAGCAUCCAGUCCCUGCCUGGCCGGAGCAGCACCCCCGGGCACGGCAUGACGUUCUUCGUCGCGCCCUACAUGCCCGAAAUGCCGCAGGAGUCCUACGACGGCUGCCUUGGGCUCUUCGACGAGAAACAUGUUCCGGAAAGCGGGACGACGGCGAUCUCCGCCAACGCCUCCGGCAGCGCCAGCUUCGUCGCCGUGGAGUUCGACACCCACCGUGACGCGUGGGACCCCAGCAGCCGGCACAUCGGCGUAGACGUCAACAACGUCGACUCACGCGGCAACUUCAGGAUCUUGCCGGAAGGCAGCCUCGUGGACGCCGGCGUGAUUUCUUCGACGGUGAACUACGACAACGCCACGGCGAGGCUGAACGUCGUCCUCCGCGUCAGUGGCGCCGAGUAUGCCCUCGGCGCUACCGUCGACUUCCGAAGCUUGCUGCCGGAGCAGGUCGCGUUAGGCUUCUCGGCGGCCACCGGUGAUGCCUUCGGCAGCAGUCACACGUUACUCUCGUGGUCCUUCCACUCCACGCUCCCGACAAGGAACGGCACUCCCCUCCCAUCUACCUCGCCGUCGUCAACCAAGAAGGCCACCCUACAACUCAGAGCCGGGGUUGCCGCCGCGGCCGUGCUGGUGCUCCUGCUCGCGGUCGCCGUGGCGGUGCUGCUCCGGCGUGCGAGCAGGAGAAACAGGCAACCAGACGACAAAGACAUGCUCGCCGGCGACAUGACUCCGGACUCCCUCGACGCAGACGGCGAUGAGUUCGGUUCCAGCACGGGACCCCGGCCGAUCCCGUACGCCAGCCUAGCGGCGGCGACGCGGAACUUCGCGGAGGAAGGGAAGCUGGGGCAGGGCGGAUCCGGGUCGGUGUACCGGGGCCACAUGAAAGAACUCGGCGGCCGCGAUGUCGCCGUCAAGGUGUUCCUGCGAGGGGCGUCCUUGGAGGGGAGGAAGGAGUACAGGUCGGAGGUCACCAUCAUCAGCAGACUGCGCCACCGGAAUUUUGUGCAGCUAAUCGGCUGGUGCCAUGGCCGCAGGCGGCUGCUGCUGGUCUACGAGCUCGUCCACAACGGCAGCCUCGAUGGGUACCUCUACAGCAACAGCAAAAACGACGUUCUGACUUGGCAAGUUAGGUGAGCUGCAGGACAUAUGGAGAAGGGAAGAAACUAAGGCCAGACAGAGAUCUAGGGAGAGAGAAGUACUGGAGGGGGAACUAAAUACAUGCUACUUUCAAGCUGUUGCAAACCAGAAGAGAAGGAAAAAACAGAUUGCAAUGCUGGAAGGAGAGAAUGGACCUGUUGAAGACCCUAAAGAAAAUCUGGAGACAGGUGGCCUUGGAGCUAGCAGCGUGGGAGGUCCUGUUCUCAAGUGAUGCAAGAACGCAGGUCUCUGCUAUGGUGAAAAAACUCGAGAAGCUGGCCAGAGAUCCUCCUAUGCUGAUGUGGUCAGACCCCGAUUGAUCCUUUCAAGAUGCACAGGGGGCGGGACUGAUGAGUAAAAGAGAAGAAAGAAGAUUAAAAAAAUGUUGUUGUUACUCUCUUUCUGUCUGUUUGAAGAGUAGACUAGAUGAAGAUCCCCCUAUGUACCUUUUAUAUUUUACU